CUAAGAGACGUAUGUACAGUGGCGUAGCGCCAAAAACACUGAAAAAUCGGAUUUUAGUGCUAGCAAGGAGGUUCGGAGUGAGUGUAUGAUUGUAUAUUAUAUUUUCGGUUGAGUAAGAGUGCUGGGGGGAGUAAUGGUGAUGUCAGAGCAGGGAGGCGGUAUCGCCAUGCACCACCAAGUGUUGCCCAUGCAUCACCAGAGGGGGCUGGUGCAACCUAGUCUGGUGAUGAACCCCCACAACCCUAUUGGGGGUGGUGAGGGAUGUGCCGUGGACGGGGCUCAGAACAAAAAGUCGCGUAGAUUGAGCCACUGCGUGGGCUGCGGUGGCCAAAUCCACGACCAAUACAUUCUCAGGGUGGCUCCCGACCUUGAAUGGCACGCGGCCUGUCUGAAAUGUCAAGAGUGUCACAUGUUCCUCGACGAGAGUUGUACGUGUUUCGUGAGAGACGGCAAAACGUACUGUAAAAGAGAUUACGUCAAAUUAUUCGGUACGAAAUGCGACAAGUGCGGCAGUUCCUUCAGCAAGAACGACUUCGUGAUGCGCGCCAAGAGCAAAAUCUACCACAUCGACUGUUUCCGGUGUUGCCACUGUGCGCGCCAACUUUGCCCCGGCGACGAAUUCGCUCUGAGGGAAGGUGGCGCCCUCUACUGCAAGGAAGACCACGACGUCAUCGAGGGCCAGAAGGGUGGGAGUGCCUCGGGUCCGGGAACGCCGCACGCAGGCGCGCAGGAGAGCAAUAACAACACUAGUUUGAGUAACAAUAACCAUAGCAGUAAUUCGACGGAGUUGGGGUGUAUGAGUGAUUCUGGCUCGGAGAGCGGCUCCCACAAGGGCGGCGGACUCCGGGGCGGCAAAGGGUAACGUUUCCGCUUCGGGGGCGGCGGAGGAGGUGGUGGAGGCGACGGCAAGCCGACCCGGGUGCGGACGGUACUCAACGAGAAACAGUUACACACUUUGAGGAGUUGCUACGCGGCGAAUCCCAGGCCGGACGCCUUGAUGAAGGAACAACUGGUGGAGAUGACGGGGUUGAGCCCUAGGGUGAUAAGGGUGUGGUUCCAGAACAAGCGGUGUAAGGAUAAGAAGAAGACGAUACUGAUGAAGCAGCAGAUGCAACAGGAAAAGGACGGUAGAAAGCUGGGUUACGGAGCCAUGCAGGGCAUACCAAUGGUCGCAUCGUCCCCUGUUCGCCAUGACUCACCUUUGGGAGUUCACCCUCUGGAAGUGCAGGCUUACCAACCUCCUUGGAAGGCGCUGCACGACUUCGCCAUGCACUCCGACCUGGACCAACCUCAUCAGCCGGCGUUUCAACAGUUGGUGAACCAGAUGCACGGCUACGAUCUACCACCUCCCUCGAUGGGCGGACCUCCUCCAAGCGGUCCCGGAGGUCCCCACCCCGCCUCCCUCCUAGGUCCUGGCGGUCCUCCCCCUCCUCCCGACUCGAUGACGCACCCGGACAGCACGGACGGCUACGUCACGUACCUGGAGAGCGACGACAGCCUGCCGGCCAGCCCCUAACAGGCCUAGCAUUUCGGCUUGGCCCUGCUGAUGCGCCAUCGGCCGCCCCUGGCUCCCCCUUACGAGGAAGCGCAGGACCUGAGCGUCGUGAAGAGCGAACGAGGAGAGGGGACUCGAAACGUGCUGUUCGGUGACGCGGCGUGGGGCAUGGACGCGUAGAAAAUGUUGUUUGUUGUUUUUUUCAUUCUCUCUGUAUUCGUUACGUGUAGAUAGUGGCGAGAAAUGUGAUCGAACUAGAUUCGUUUAGGUUAACUCUAUUUUUUAUGUUAAAAAAAUGUCUGACAAAAAAAUUAUUUUUUUUCGGAGAAUGACCCAAAAAAUAAAAUUCAUUUUUUUGCGGUUUUAUGAUUGUAUGUUCGGUAAAUAAGUGAUUGCACUGGUCCAAAAAAGUUUAAUUAUGAUAUUAAAGAUAAUAAUGAAAGUUUCAUGAAAAAAUAAUGGAAUAAAAUAGUAACUCAACUAAAAAAUAAACAAUAGUUUGUAUGAAAUAAAAAUAGAAUAUAAAUAUUACUUUUCUAAUAAGGAAAAAUUGAAACAAUAUUUUGUUUGAACAAAAUAAAUACUUUUAUAUAUUUAUUUUGUUUAAAUAAACCGUUUUCCUCCCUCUGUAUCUGUUACCUCAAAGAGAUCAUGUAGAAAAUGCCGAGGAAUGUGAUUGAAUUAGUCUUUUUUAGAUUUACUCGAUUUUAUGUUAAAGAAAAUGUUGUGACAUAAAAAUAAAAAUUCCCUGAGAAUUACCCAAAAUUUUAAAUAUAAUUUUUUGCCUUAAUAUAGUCAUACGUUAUGUAAAUAAGCGAUUGCACUGCUCCAAAAAAUUUUGAUAAUGAAAUUAAAGGUAAUAAAGGUGGUUUUCUUGGAAAAAAAGUAAUUUGGUUUAGGUACUCAAAAAAAUAUGUUUCAAAUAAGAAUACAAUUAAACUAAAUACCAGAGAUUGAAAAAUAUCUAUAUAAAAAUUUAUAUUAUUUUUUUCAAAAUAUUUAUAUAUUUUUAUAUAUUUGGGUGAUUCUUCGAAAAUUCUCUUUUUUUGUCUCCAAUAAACUUCGAUAUUUUGAACGGUCUCGUUAAAAAUUAACUAAAAAUUGUUACAACAUAGCAUUCAUAUACAAAAAUUCUAGCAAAUCACAAAAUUACAUUACAUCUAAACAAAAAAUUGAAAAAAUAUUGUGUUCAAAGUACAGUGCAAUUUAUUUCUUUAAUUGUAACUUCUUUGUUCAUAUAUGGUAAAUGUUAUUAAAUUUUUUUCUGUUUUAAUUAUUAUAUUUAUGUAUUUUUUAAAACUUGUCAUUAACUUUUUGACGAAUACUGUGUAUACAUAAGAACAAACUAAUAAAAAUGUUUUUUCUUUUGUGUUAUAAAAGGCAAAUUUUAGACUAAAUAAUACAAGAAAAUAUUGAAAUGAGAUUAAUUUAAAAUAAGUAUUUUUAUCUAGAAUUUGUUUUCAUUCAAAAUUUCUCAAAA